AUGUACCUCCACCUUCUCGCAUACCUUUCGCUGGUUUCUCUUGCCCAGGCUCAGUGGCAGAGUUGUGCGACCUUUUGGCCAAAUAUUAAACCAGGCGAGAAGUUCACCCUCAAUGAUAAAUGCCGCGUGCUUUCAGGCUAUCCCAAAGUCUUGGGCAAAAGUAACACGAAAGUCACAGUGACAUACACGUUGAAUUGGAGCCGCCAGUCAGACAAGACCAAAAAGGCAGUGAAACCAGUGCUUGAAGAAUCUCUCAAAAAGACCAUCGACCUGUACGAAGAUUUCGCCAAGCUUCCAGCUCAUAUUGUCAUUAUCCUCACAACGUCAGUUGACGGACAGGUCACAGCAGACACCAUCUAUCCAAAUGAAAAGGUGCCGCCGUGCCAGAUCAGAGUUUACCAGAGAUGGACUACCGAAUCAACCACAAACACAGCUCGCGCCUUGCAAGCUUUGUCACACGAGAUUUACCACUGCGUGCAGGGCCUUUCCGGACUUGCGAACUACAUGGACCCGGAAUGGAUUCGCGAGGGAUCUGCAAACUAUUUCAGUAACCUCGUUUUUCCAGACUCCAACGUCGAAUGGCCAGAUAAGAAGCACAGCGGCCAUGCAUACAAACCCGCUAUGGCAAUAUACGCUCAUGUCGGACAGGACGCUUACACAACCAGCAUAUUCUUCCAAUCCCUAGAGGAUAAAAUGGAUAGAAAGUCCCUUCACGAAUUUGUUGUAUCAACUCCCGGAGGAUCUAGAGGUCUUGAGGAGAGGAACCGUCUGUCGGGGCUAGAAGAAUUCACCGACGAGUUCUUCUACUUCGCGAGGAAAUUCGCCCUGAUUAAGAUACAAGACACAAACGGAGCCUCCAUUCCAAUCCAGGAGAUACCUCCGCUUCCGGCUUCGAUCAAGGUAGAUAAGGCGGGUACUACUGGCACCGCGAUGCUUACAAGCACGCCGCUCACCAUUUCAGUUUUUAAAGUGACUGUCAAAAGCGGUCAGUCAGCUCGCAUUUACUCAUCCGCCAAUGACCAUCAGCGCCUAGCCUAUCGACGGUCAGUCGACAACGAUUGGACUGACAUGGCCACUAGCCCAUCAGGAAAAAGUAUCGAUUUACCGUGCAACACUGAAAACACAGUAGAUGAUUUUAUCAUACUUUUUAUUUCCACAGCAGAUGUCAAAAGCGACGAGGUCAAAGUCGCUAUCUCGACCAGCCAUUCAAAGAAAUGCGGCGCAAGGAGUGGAUUUGUCCUAUACCCACUAUACAAUCCUACAACGGGCGGUGGCUACUGCCCCCCAAAGACACAUUCUUCACGGCUGGCGAUAUGGUGUUGUCCAGACGGAACGCAGCUGGAUGAGAGUGUGGCCAAUGAAGUCAGCAUCUGCUGUCCUAGUGCGGCCGAUUGCAGCAAGGAGAUCAUCCCCGAUAAUCUGAGAUGUGCCGAUCCGAACUGGAAUCUGUGGAAUAAGGACAACAGACAGCUCGGAUGUUGUCAGAAAGGUUUCUACCCAAACAGUCUGCGCUACUGUGUUAAGAGCUUUGCCGACCGUGACCCUCGCUUUACGCUGGUAGGGUGA